UUUGCUCAGUGCAGCAGCUGCGGAGGUCUGAGAAAACUAGUUCGUCGUGUCUCGGAUACUUUACGGUCUCGUCCGCUCACCGCUUCUUUCCAAUCACCCGUUCACAUCGGCCCUGAUAACCGCGAACGGCCCCGUCCCGAGAUGGCGUUGAGUCUCGGUCUUUUCGUGUCUCUGACGGUGUUUUCGGUGUCGGUCACCGGCAGCAGUGCUGGUAACCCCCUGGACAAUGAGAAGUGGAUGAGCACCGUGUCCCAGUACGACAAGAGCAAAUACUGGAACAAAUUCCGUGACGAUGAUUACUUCAGAACAUGGAACCCUGACAAAGCGCAAGAUCGAGAGACAGUGAGUGAACCGAGCCCGCUGGCAGAACUGGACUCUAAAACACAGUCACAGAUCAAGAGCAGAGCCGCUGACGGUCUUGACAGCACUAAAGAUCCCUGUAUGAAGGUUCAUUGUCCACCUCACAAAGUGUGUGUGAGUCACGAUUUCCAAACGGCCAUUUGCACCAAUCACAAGCCUGCACUGCACAGCGUUAAGCCCAGAAAAGGAAGUCUUCUCCAUAAGCGUUGGAUGGGUGCUAUGAAUCAUGGGAAAUGUAAGGCCUGUCCUGUUGUUCACUCCAACCCAGUGUGCGGCUCUGAUGGACACACAUACUCCUCAAAGUGUAAACUUGAAUUCCAGGCGUGCAGCUCCAGCAAGAGUAUCUCUGUGAAGUGUGAGGGUCCGUGUCCCUGCCUGCCAUCACAGGAAGUCAUCAAAGCACAGAAUGAGAAAAACGGCUGCAGUGAUGCAGAUUUGAGAAGUUUAGCGUCCAGACUCAAAGACUGGUUUGGGGUUCUGCACACGGACGCCAACAGAGACCUCAAAAGCGCAGCGAGCGAUUCAGCGCAAGGACGUUUUGACACUAGUAUUUUGCCCAUCUGUAAAGACUCUCUUGGUUGGAUGUUCAACAAGCUGGACAUGAACUACGACCUGCUCCUCGACCAAUCAGAGCUCAGCGCCAUUUACCUGGAUAAAUACGAGCUGUGCAUGCGACCGUUGUUCAACUCCUGCGACUCGUUCAAAGACGGCAAACUGUCCAACAACGAAUGGUGUUACUGCUUUCAGAAACCUGACGGCAUGCCGUGUCAGAAUGAGAUGAACAGGCUUCAAUCUCACAGCCGAAGUAAGAGUCUGAUAGGGCUCUAUGUACCGCGCUGUACUGAAGAUGGUUAUUUUAAAGCCACACAGUGUCAUGCCAGUACUGGACAGUGCUGGUGUGUAGACAAAUACGGCAAUGAGAUCGCGGGAUCCCGCAGACAGGGCAACCCAACCUGUGAGGAAGAUCAGGAGACAUCUGGUGACUUCGGCAGCGGCGGUGCCGUGAUCCUACUGGACGAUCAGGAGGAGGAGUCUCAACAACACGGGCGGGGCAGACAGAAAGAGAGACGCGGCCGACUCCACCCCCGUGGGGCGAUCGAGGACGACGAGGAUGCAGAGGAUGACGAGUUGGGCUACGUCUGGUAGCUCCACCCAUCUUCCACUGAUUAACCAGGGACCCAUGUUAAAAUGCACAGUUCUGAAGCCAUUCCAGCCCCGCCCCCUCAGAUGCCCCGCCCCCUCCACUGCGCGGUUUCUCUCCUGUUCCUUUUCUGGAUCCAAAGCAGUCCUUGCAUUUCUUCCCCACAUCAUUAUCUCUCUCUUUCUCUCUUUCUCUUUGGCUGGCUGUUCAUGUCCUGUCCUCUGAUCUCCCAUGUUUAAACACGCAGAUCUUCUGGGACGUUCCUGUGUUCUAGAUCACAUCUAGUACGGCUGUUUUUGGACCCUAGAUUGCGACGGUAGACAUGCAUGAUACGAUUUUUCAGGGGGUUGUUUCAAGGUUGGCCGUUCUAGAAGGUUUCUAGAGGUUUAAUGUGAAGUUCUCUGUGGCCGUAUGCAUGAACGCCACCGCAGAACGCAGAAGUCGACAUGUGAGACCUGAAGAUCAGGCGAGCUCCGAUCAGACGCGCUACAAAUCUGAAGCUUGUCAGACCUUAAUGUUUCAAAUCUGUGACGAGAAGCAUGAGAAACGUUUUUAACCAACCAACAGCGUAAAACAAGCAGAAGCAUUAAGCUGUGAUUAUUUGUGUUGAGGUUUUUUCAUUCUUUUUGCUUUGAUUAUUUGAACAGACUCGGUGUGUUCAAGUGAGUCCUGCCCUUUGCAUUGACUUUCUAUGAUACAUUCAUUGGAGAUCGAGCGUCUCGGCUCGACAGAAUUCAGAAGCAAUCAAACGCCUCAUCGGCCUGACCUUUUCAAACAUUACCGAACGCUUCCGCUCACAGGAAAACAGAAGGCAAAUGAAAAAGCUCUCUCCGUGACGGCUGUCGUGGAGUCGUGCUCGCUGGAGAGAGCGCUGCCUCGCGGCUUUGCCUUCCGAGUUUCGAACCGUCAGCACAUUUGAAGCGCAGAAUACAGAGAUUUGUGCACUUGUGAAAAACUGCGUGAGCCCGAGGUGACUUCUGCUUCCCGUAAUUCAUCUUCUUCAGUUAAACCGAGGGCUGUUUAUCAGCUCAUGAGAUCUCUUUAAAGUCUAAACUUGGAUUUUUUCGUUUUGUGGAACUGAAUGAUUUUAGAUGGUCUGUCAAGCUUAAAACUUUAAACGUUGUAAGCACAAGUUCUUGUGUGAAAAAUCUGUCAUCAUUUAUUCACAUUCAAAAUCUGUGGAACACAAAAGAAGAUAUUUGAGAAAUGUCUCUGUGGUUUUGUGUCCAUACAAUGGAAGUCAACGGGGGUCAAUGUUGUUUGGUUUCCAGUGUUCUUCAAAAUAUCUUCUUUUGUGUUCUGCAGAAGAGAGACAGUCGUACAGGUUUGAAAUGGCAUGACAGUGACUAAAUGAUGAAAGCACUUUUAUUUUGGGUGAAUUUUUCUUAUAAAGCGGUUAGCUGCUGUCUGGGUUUACGCCUUCCAGCACUGAUGCUGUGACGCUUGCUCAGCUCUACCGUCAAUCCCACAAUACCCUGCAUCAGCCUGCUGCUCGUGCUGUCUGUGAGUCAGACCUGAUCAGACCCAAACACUUCAGAACAGUUUAGUGCUGCUUUCAGAUUAAACCUGUCUCUCUGACGGUAUGAACACACACACACAUUUGUCAGUUCUCACCCACGUCAGCUGAGUUCCGAGGCAGCCAGUUCUGCUGCGUGUGUGUUCGCAGGAGGAGACGUUUCGCUCAGUGAUUAUAGAGGCUGAUACAGAUGGAUUAUAUGAGGCGUUUUGCACCCAGAGGGGAAGUCUCCUGUGGGAUUAUGGGUAACAGAGGAAAGAACUGAUGGUUUAUGACUCCCUCACACCUCUUCUACUGUUCUGUUUCGGUUUCCUCUCCUCAACAUGAGAAAAUGAUCCUUCGUCACAGGGCGGAAGAGAAAUUCAAUGCACUUAUGAUUUGAAAACCUUUCAUAAUGAAAUAGUUCACCUUGAAAUUAAUAUUCAGACUUCAUUUCCCCAUCUGAGCGGCUCUUUUAUAAUCAGUUAAAUAGGGACAGAGUCUCUCAAGUCUCAAAAAGGACAUAACACAUUAAAUGAGAAAAACAGCACUCAUCGCGUGUGUUUUGUGUGGGGAACAGAACAACACUUCCCUGCAUCCGCAGCGUGCAGAUUAUUUUGGAUGUCAUUGUUCUGGUGUAGUGCAUGAAGACGUCUUGGUCACCAAAUGCUGCUGGUUGGUGCGUGCCUCGUGACAAAUUGCCACAUUUGAAUAAAAGCAAGAAUAAGAUUCGAGAGCUGCACAGGAGGUAAAAGAUAUGAAGUAAAUAACAGCAAUUUCAUUUUGGCUGAAUGUCCAAUUUUAAUAUCCUAAAUAUUCUGGGGUGCGUUUCCCGAACAGCGACAUAACUCGCUGGUUAACCACCAUAGUACGAUGCAUCGUUUGCGAAACUAACUAGCUACUCGCGACUGUUUCCCGAAAACAUAUUAGCUUUGUCGCUCAUCUGUCGUUUGAACCACGUUGGUUCAACAAUAUAGUUGAUGACGUCACAUAGGUGGUGGAGUGAUGCCGUCUUCUAAUGAAUCUGUUCAGAACGAUUUAAUGUCAUAUUAUUGCUGUAAAUAACGUACGCUGCAUCUUAAAACUAUCUUUGUUAUCGUAUUUUUGCUCUCUGAUGUUUUAUUUCACGAUAUAAUUCAUUCAUAAGUUUCCUCCUACGUCACUCCGCCCAGGGAUUCCCCAGGGUCCUAGAGCACGUAGGAUCAAGAGCAUGCGCACUUUUCAAAAAACAGCGCUUCUAUUUUCUUGACAAACUAAAAGAUGUAAAAUUGAAUUUGCAUAUAUUUAGAAUGAUGGAUGUAGAAUGCACUGCAUGUUGCUUGCUUACUUUGCUUUAAAGCAUGAUGCAUGUAAGUCUACAUGUCAUGAUAUCAAGGAACUAUACUUCUAACCACAGCUCUACACCUGUAGUUCCAACCACGCAACUUUGCGAUGCUGCUUGCGAUUGAUCGCUGGAACGAUGGUUUCGGGAAACAUUUAAAUCAUUGAACUAUGCUGGAACGGCGGAACUUGCGACCAUAGUUGGCUAACCAUGCUUUUGGGAAACGCACCCCUGGUCAGGUAAAAGGCCCAUUCACACCAAGGACAAUAACUACAAAGAUAGUUCUCACUUUCUGUUUUUGAAUCUCUCAGAUGAUAUCAGUGUCAUGAGCUCAGUAUAUGUACAGUAAGUGACAGUAUCAUACCAUUAUGCUGGACCAUCUAAACCAUGACCUUUGAGGUGACCUCUCCCCUCCUCUAGUGCUGCUGUGUGUCUGAUGCCUGGCCUGCAACUGUAACCCUCCAUUCUUUUGUCCCGUCUCUGCCUGCUUCACUCUUGUACAAAGGUGCAAUAAAAGCUUCGAUACAGAUGUUUUUUCACACACAAACACACACACACACCUGCAGCUACAGAUUACAAACAGAUUCGAUGGCCAUAUUUGCAAGAGUUUCCUUUGUUAAUCCUCUAUAUUUUUUACUCUGUAAAGACAAUAAUUCAUGUGUAAAAAAGCGAAAAGAAAAACGCUGAAUGUUCAACUUGGAGAUGUAAUGUAAUGAUGUCAUGUGGCUUUGUCCAUUUGCCUUGCCUGAGUCUGGAUGUGUAAAAGCCCUCCUGUCCUCCUGACUGUAGUGUAGAUGUCUCUCUCUCUCUCUCUCUCUCUCUCUCUCAUCCACUGAUGUGGGCAGGUGGAGGACCACGUGUUGAGCCCUGUUUUCACAAGUGGUCAACUGCAGUGACACGGUUCUGAAAGUUCAUACACGCUCAGGUCAAACACCAGCACCAGUUCAGUGGAAGAGAUGUCUCACUGUCUGUCUCUCUGUUCUCAUGUCUCUCUCAACGCUUUGUCUAAUUUCCCUGUUUUUUUCUCCUCCUGAUCGAGUCCAGGUGGAAUGUUCAUGUUUUGGGCUGAUUCGUUAGCUCUGUUUUUGUUUGACUUUUGCUUUUGUUUUCUUUGUUUGUUUUGUUUUAACUGUAAGACGGUUCCUUGAGAAAAUGUUUGUCUGAAUAAAACUGGAGUUUGUCGUCAUCCGGUA